AUGGCGCCCCUUGAACCAGAAGUCUCGGCGUUUACAUCAAAGAUACAUAACGACACCUACCCAGAGAUAGAUCCGCUCACUGUGGAUCAUGCCGGCAGGUACGUCGUUAUCGUUGGAGCAAGUAAGGGUAUUGGCAGGGAGAUGGCGCGAUCCUUCACCAAGGCUGGCGCGUCUGGGAUAGCAAUCGGGGCACGAUCUGCUCUCAGCUCUACCGUUGAGGCUAUCAAGCAAGCUGCCACUGAGUCUAAGAAGUCCCUGCCCAAGAUCCUGCCCCUAAACCUCGAUGUGAACAGCGAGGAUAGUAUUGCCAAGGCAUUUUCGAAAGUUAAGGAAGAAUUCGGGCGCGUGGAUAUUCUGGUCAAUAAUGCUGGAGUGGUCGAGUCUCCCUUCCGACCUAUUGGAGAUACUGUGGCAAGGGACUGGUGGGAUGUUUUUACAACCAACCUCAGAGGCACCUACCUGACCACGCGAGCAUUUCUUCCGCUUCUUUUAGAGAAGGGCAGCCAGAAGACCGUCAUUAACACGACCAGCAUCGCUGCUCAUUGGGUCUAUCCUGGAUCGUCGGCAUAUGGAACGAGCAAGCUGGGAGUGGUGCGUCUUACCGAGUUCCUGGAUGAGGAAUACUCGCCUCGCGGGCUUUUGACAUACACCAUCCAUCCAGGAGCGAUCAUGACCGACUUGAUAUCUAGAAUGCCGAAAGAAGUACACAGCCAAAUGACUGACACUGAAGCACUGCCGGCCAAUGUCAUCACGUAUCUGACCAGCGAGAGACAAGAAUGGCUAGGAGGAAGGUAUAUUGCAUGCACAUGGGAUGUGCCAGAGCUUCUGGCAAGAAAGGAUGAAAUCGUGGCAGGCAACAAACUAAAAGUCCGUCUUCGCGUUUGA